GUCUUUCUUCCAUUCUUCAACUUAAUUGCCCACUUAGACUUACACCAUUCAUAAUUCUUAUAUUUUGUACCUCUUCCUAUUACCAAGGAGAUCAUCAUAGCAACAUCGUGCUUCCAGUUAAUAACACACGAUGACUAGGCUGAAAAAGAAUAGCAAAACUACCUUAGACCAUAGUCAGCUGGUUGCCUUAACAAGAUAACCCCAAAGCUGACUCUCUCUAUCUCAAUCAGCACAACAACUGCGGUCGGAUUCCGAAUCUUUCUGGAGGCCUCUUAUUAUAUUAUUAUAUCAACGCUUAGAUUUUAAUUGAUCAUGAAUCCUCAGAAUCGGCAAUAUUAUAAUCAAUAUCCCCCCACCGGUGGACCUCCAGACCAGCCUGGGCAGCCUCAACCAGGAUAUGAGCAGCCUUCACCCGGAGCCUCGUAUUACUCUCCUGCCGGGUCACCUGCUCCUGGACAGCCUCCUUACCAGCAACAACCUUAUUCUUCUUACAACGCACCUCAGGGCCCUCCUCAGACUAGUCAAUAUCAAUAUCAAUCCCAGCAGUAUCCGUCAGGUCUACCUCAGGCUCCGAGACAAUACACUUUACCUCAACCUUACCCAUCUCAGCUGCCACAACAGGGACAAUACGCGCAACCGCCACCUCCGUACGUGCAAUGGGGUCCUAGCUCUCCGCAGGGCCCUCAUAAUACUUAUUCACAAGCCCCGGCCCCUUAUCCUCCACCGCCGCAACAAUACGGAGGUCCUCUAGGUGCUCCGCAAUGGUCGCAGCCUCAGCAGCCCGAGCCCGGUUAUGGUUACGGCGUACCUCCGACCCCUGCGUCGCCUGGUUAUGACCUAGCUCAGAGAGCGUUCCUGGCCCCCGUCGAUACGUCGGCCGACGUUGAAACUCUCCGCAAGGCUAUGAAGGGCAUGGGAUGUGAUGAGGCGGUUCUAAUACGCGUACUAACUUCAUCCAAGUACGAGAAUCCGUGGGCGAUGGCUCAGCUUGUCGGUGAUUAUAACAAGCGUUUCAUUCGCGAUUUAGCCAAGGAUAUAGAAAGCGAGACACGUGGGGGUGUAGAAACCGCACUCCUCGCUUUGAUCCGAGGACCACUAGAACAGGAUGUGCGAGUCCUCAUUAAGGCUCUCGAUCGAGCCGGCACAGAUGAAGAUGCCCUCAUGGAUGUUCUUUUAUGUCGAUCGAAUGCGGACAUUCGCGCAAUCAACGCCGAGUACAGGAGAAUCAAGGGCAACGAACUCCUGGUAGAUAUCAAAGCCGACGUAGAUGACACGUUGUUCCGGCUCUACAGCAUGGUACUCUCUGCCACACGUGCCGAAGACGCAGCGCCCGUAAUCAGUUCGGAUAUCGAUCAUAAAGUGACAGAGCUACAGCGCGCGACCGAGGGCACGAUCGGCGCCAAUGCCAUCUCUGUGGCGCAAAUAUUCACGAAUUCUAACACCGCACAGCUAAACGCUAUCAGCAAGGCGUACGAGCGGAAGUACCACCGCUCGCUCGAAGAGGUCAUUGAGAAGGAGUUCCGCGGAGAUAUGGAGGACGCGCUCCUCUACAUGCUCGAGAACGCCAUCGACCGAGCACGCUUCGAUGCCAAGAGGCUGGAGAAGCCACUGUACAAGACUCCGCGCAAGGACCGGCUGUUAAUCAACAGGGUCGUCAGUCUGUACUGGAACCGUCCACGUCAGGACGCGGCCAAAUCUGCUUACCAGAUACACUCUUCGGCUAGGACCUCAUUGCGUGCUGCGUUUAGGGGUACCCUGAGUGGAGAUUACGAGGAUCUGAUGAUUGCGUUGAUUCACGAGAGAAAGUAAAUGGAAGUUCUUAACUUUGGAUACGAAUGAAUAGAUCUGGAAUAGCUUGUCAUAAUAUUUUUACAAGUAGAACCUUUGCGUGUCGUGUGUACUAGGUUAUUUUUCUGGCUUGAGAAAUGAAUAUUGUAAAGACUACUUAAUAAGAACGAAGAAUAACCUGAUAGUUAAUUACUAUCUGUUAUAACUAUAUUCAUACGUAUACUGAAG